AUGAUCUCAAGAGGGGCUACCACCAUCUGCUGCAACGGGGCCCAGUUACAAGAUGCAAUACGACGAGUCAAGUCGGCAUCUGUUGAGCUCGAGGUUUCUACAGACGUACUUGCCGACGAUGGAAGGUGGGAGAUCCCCAGCGAGUGCUAUCGACAUGUUCAUAUCCGGGUCGUACGUCUGACCGGUCGGGAGCGAAUAUCAGAGAACCUGCUUGCUCAACCGUUUAUUCGAUUCAGUAUAUCCACGACGCAGGAGUUGUCGCUCCCUACAUGCCGUUUCAUUAGCGGUCAAAUAGACUUGCGACUCGACAAGGUUGCACACAACUUGCGGAAGCUAGAAUUACAGGCAAAGCAAAUUAGUAUUUUAGCCGAUCACGAUGCACGCUGGAAGGAAAAUAUCACCAAUCUCACAGUCUGGUCAGAAUAUGUCCGUCCUAUUCCGGCUUUCGACACGCAUAUAGCGCCUUGGACUAACUUGGUGACCCUAUGCUGUAGUAACAUAGCAUGGCCAACCUGUAGUUCAUCACCUAUCCACUUCAGUAGACUUGAAUCCCUGACGUUUGGUGGAAAUAUCUCCCACUUUCAUGUCCUCCAUCUCCCAGCUCUCCGCUCGCUCAGCGUUCUUGAGCGUCCUACGCAGUGCUCCGCUCAUCCGUGGUCAUCUUCAACAAUCCGUAAAUUUCCGGCCCUCCAAACUAUCAAAGUGGAAGAUGCGGACAGCGGAUGGCUCACCGCACUCGACCUUCCUGUGUUGCGGGUAUUCACACUCGAACAGAUGUAUAGAAAUGCCAUACAGCGCGAAGUCAGGUCACUCCGGCUUCCACCAUCCCCAGUCGAACGCAUAAACAUCCAGGUCGGGGAUCAUCGACUCUUUACACAGGAGUCACUGCGGGCCAUGCCGCUGCUAAAACACGUAGUCUUCGAAAUGUGGGGUGAGCUCUCUUGGGAGAAAGACGUGCUCGCCAUGUUCUUUGAAGCUGGUGACAUACCGUGCCCUCACCUCGAAUGGAUACAAUUCCCCAAGGCUCGUCCAUACGAUGCGGCAUUAGCAAACUAUAUAGUGGACAUUCUCCGUAGCGUCGAGGCGUUGGGACUCGGUUCGCUUCGAUUCAUAGCAAUCCACUGGAGUGACCAAGGAUUCAUCCGCUAUUGGCGAGAGCUCUAG